AACUCUACAGCCAGCCUGUUGGACAUGAACUUCACAUCCCAGAUGUCAGUUGGAGGUGGUGGCUAUCCUAAAGACAGCUUAAGCACCGCCUUGACCAAGAACAUUGUGGCCAUGCUGGUGUGGCUGGCCCUAAGUUUUAUUAACGUAAGUAUGGUCCACACCUUCCUCAAGCAUAACUUUUUCUAUGAGGACCCGCGCUACAUCAUGUUCAUCUAUAUGGUCAUAAAUGACGCCCUGCAGCUCACCCUGGUAACGGCACUGUACGUAGUCAGCUACAUUUUCUUCAAGAUAAAUGCUUCCGUGUGCUGCCUGCUGGUAAUGACUGCCGUUUUGACCACACGCUCCACCCCUCUCAUAUUAGCCGGUAUGGCCGUGGAGCGCUACCUGUCUAUCUGUUUCCCCUUACACUACGGGCACACAUGCACGGUGUCACGCACCAUUGCCCUCAUCGUGGUCAUCCUGUUCUUAACGGUGGCCGUGCCUCUCACUGACCUCCUGGUCACACUCAUCAAGGAGCCCCUGGGCUUCUUUCGCACCUCCAUCUUCUGCGAUCACUCCCUCAUCUUCCGGGACCGCUCCAUCUACUACAAGAACGCUGUGUUUGACAGCAUCUAUUUUUCCUUUGUGACGCUCACGCUGCUUUACACUUAUUGUAAGAUCAUGCUAACGGCACAUGCUGCCUCCACGGACCUGGUGUCCAUAAAGAGGGCAAGGAAUACAGUGCUACUCCACGGGGUGCAGCUGCUGCUGUGCAUGCUGGCUUUUGUAGUCCCUUCUCUGCAAGCAGCCCUCAUCGCUCUCUUCCCACAGUUUGUCCUGGAGAUCCGUUACAUCUUUUUCCUGCUGGUCUACAUCAUCCCACGAUUCCUCAGCCCCAUGAUCUACGGUUUCAGGGACGAGAAGUUCCGCAAAUACUGGGCAAGGUACCUGACGUGUCGUAGGAACAAUAUAUCUAGAUUGUGGCCAGCUAUGAAAGUGAAUCUCAAGUUCAGGUGAUAGGAACAUUUUGCUUGAAUUCUGGGAAAAAAGAUAGAAUAUGAAGUAUUGCAUGUAGUGAUGGGUGAAAAAUGUGGGCGUCCUUGUCAGUGACAUACGGUUCUAGUCGGAAGUUUACAUACACUUUACACGUUUUUCAACCACUCCACACAUUUCUUGUUAACAAACUAUAGUUUUGGCAAGUUGGUUAGGACAUCUACUUUGUGCAUGACACAAGUAAUUUUUCAAACAAUUGUUUACAGAGAGAUUAUUUAACUUAUAAUUCACUGUAUCAGAAUUCCAGUGGGUCAGAAGUUUACAUACACUAAGUUGACUGUGCCUUUAAACAGCUUGGAAAAUUCCAGAAAAUUAUAUCAUGACUUUAGAAGCUUCUGAUAGGCUAAUUGAUAUCAUUUGAGUCAAUUGGAGGUGUACCUGUGGAUGUAUUUCAAGGUCUACCUUCAAACUCAUUGCCUCUUUGCUUGACAUCAUGGGAAAAUCAGCCAAGACCUGAGAAAAAAAUUGUAGACCUCCACAAGUCUGGUUCAUCCUUGGGAGCAAUUUCCAAACACCUGAAGGUACCACGUUCAUCUGUACAAACAAUAGUACGCAAGUAUAAACACCAUGGAACCACGCAGUCAUCAUAACGCUCAGGAAGUAGUCGCGUUCUGUCUCCUAGAGCAAAGGAUCUUGUGAAGAUCUUGCGAAGAUGCUGGAGGAAACAGGUACAAAAGUAUCUAUCCAGCUAUCUAUAGCUAUAUCUAUCCAGUAAACCGAGUCCUAUAUCGACAUAACCUGAAAGGCCGCUCAGCAAGGAAGAUGCCACUGCUCCAAAACCGCCAUAAAAAAGACAGACUAUGGUUUACAAAUGCACAUGGGGACAAAGAUCACACUUUUUGGAGAAAUGUACCCUGGUCUGAUGAAACAAAAAUGGAACUGUUUGGCCAUAAUGACCAUCGUUAUGUUUGGAAGAAAAAGGGGGAGGCUUGCAAGCCGAAGAACACCAUCCCAACCAUGAAGCACGGAGGUGGCAGCAUCAUGUUGUGGGGGUGAUUUGCUGCAGGAGGGACUGGUGCACUUCACAAAAUAGAUGGCAUCACGAGGGUGGAAAAUUAUGUGGAUAUUUUGAAGCAACAUCUCAAGAAAUCAGUCAGGAAGAUAAACCUUGGUCGCAAAUGGGUCUUCCAAAUGGACAAUGACCCCAAGCAUAAUUCCAGUGGUGGCUAAAUGGCUUAAGGACAACAAAGUCAAGGUAUUGGAAUGGCCAUCACAAAGCCCUGACCUCAAUCCUAUAGAAAAUUUGUGGGCAGAACUGAAAAAGUGUGUGCGAGCAAGGAGGCCUACAAACCUGACUCAGCUACACCAGCUCUGUCAGGAGGAAUGGGCCAAAAUUCACCCAACUUGUUGUGGAAAGCUUUGGGAAGGCUACCCGAAACCCUUGACCCAAGUUAAACGAUUUAAAGGCAAUGCUACCAAAUACUAAUCGUGUGUAUGUAAACUUGUGACCUACUGAGAAUGUGAUGAAAGGAAUAAAAUAUUAAAUAAAUCAUUCUCUCUACUAUUAUUCUGACAUUUCACAUUCUUAAAAUAAAGUGGUGAUCCUAACUGACUUAAGACAGGGAAUUUUUACCAGGAUUAAAUGUGGCUACGGUGUAUGUAAACUUCCUACUUCAACUGUAUAUGCGCCACUUGACAACACUGAAUAUUAUAGCAUAAAUUGUCAUUAUGUUUUUAUACUGUAACAUAAUGCUGUUUGCUGGAAAAACACGUUCAAUGACUCAAUGACUCAUUCCUACAGGGUGUAAAUAAAAUAAGAACUGUGUGUCUGUGUGUAUAUAUGUGUGUGUGUGUGUGUGUGUGUGUGUGUGUGUGUGUGUGUGUGUGUGUGUGUGUGUGUGUGUGUGUGUGUGUGUGUGUGUGCGUGUGUGUACGUGCGUGUGUGUAACCACUCAAAUUCAUAGACGGACCUAUAGAUCCAACGAAAUCGGCAUGAUAACCGGAAGGAGUAAAAGGCAUAUUAAGAGACAUUUCCUUGCAUUCCAGUGGACAUAUCAACUACCCCUGGAUUCUUGAGAAUGUUACAUUCAUCCCCUGAGAGUGUAAUAACAGGGCUGCCCAACCCCAGUUCCCGGAGAGCUACCUUUUUGUAGAUUUUCGCUUCAACCCAAAUCUAGCACACCUUAUUCUAAUAAUUUAGUUGGUUGAUAAACUGAAUAGAACAGGUUUGGGCAGCCCUGGUGUAGUACAACUGUGUUACCCUACCAUGACCUAAAAUGUAAGUUUACUACAACAUUCAUUAUGUUUUCGUGUCAUUGAGUCUUUAUUAAUAAACCAUGUAAAGCUUUGAAAUAUAAUGCUAAUCCUUUACCAUUGUUUGUACAGAUCCAGUUAAUCAAAUUUGGUUCAAUACCAUGGAACAAUGUUACAGAACAAUGUAAUGUCAUUCAUCCAUAAAGAAACAAAACCACUGUUAAAGGCAGCUUACUGUGUUCAGGGCUGCAGGUCUUUUUGUUUCUUCAUGUUCAGUUUACUAACAACCAGGACCUACUUAUUUAUGUGAUGCCUGUAUAACAAAUUAAAUUAAAGAUUAAAUCACACAAGCAUUAACAUUUAAUAUAUUUUUAAAGGGUCAGAUAAGUAUAUCA